AUGCUCGGCGCGCGCCUACCUGCCUUCUGUCUCCUCUUCCUCCUCUUCCUCCUUCCUUCAUUGUCAUAUUCAAGCUGCCUACCCCUGAGCAUCUGCCCUGACACGCCUAAACUUAGAGGAAUCUGGAAGAGUUUGAGACAGACUACAUCAGAAACGAGCUCUUGCCUCAAUGUUGCAAAGAUCUCGGACUGUAUGCAGAGUGGUCUCAAGGCAAUCCCUGAAUUUUUCUCAACUUUUUCUUGGAGCUUUAAUGUCGGCGCCAAUAAGAAUGCUGCGAGUCCAGUGGAAGAUGAUGAAGACAGUCGACUCGAUCUGAACGAAUAUCUGAACCUUGAAGGCGCUCCUCAAGGAACCACCUUGACGAGUUUUUUGAACACGUUGAAGAAUGCGCUGGAGCGGCAGUACGAUCUCGUGUCACAGCUGUCUGGUCUUGUGCAGCAAGAUGAAGAUGCGGACCUUGUCACCGAGCUGUCGAAGAUGCGAGAGGAUCUAUCGCGAGCGUUCGAGUAUGGGGCAGACAUCUCUCAGUUUAAGUCUUGGAUGGAACUGUUGAAGGCGAACCAAAGGAAGCUGAGCUCGAGGAUCUCGAGGAUAGAUGAUGAUUUGUAG